CGACGGCUUCAGUCGGCAGUCGCACCAGGGUCGCCAAAGGGGUCGGACCACAAUCUAGUCAUUUAACUUUUUAAUUUUUUUGAAAUUUCGCAAUUGAAAGAUCACCAUGAAAGUGUUCAUCGUUCUGGCUGCGGUCGCAGCUUUUGCAAGUGCGCAAAAUUUCAAAUGUCCGGCCAAAGACGGCCAAUAUGAAGACGACAAACAGUGCGACAAAUUUUACCAAUGUGUGGACGGCGUUGCGACUGUGAAGCUGUGUCCGGACGGUUUAGUGUUCGACCCUACCAUCAGGAAGAUCAACAAAUGCGACCAACCUUUCAACGUCGACUGCGGCGACAGGACUGAGCUUCAGCCCCCCAAGCCAAACAACCACUGCCCGCGCCGCAACGGCUUCUUUGCCCAUCCUGACCCGGCAGUUUGCAACGUAUUCUACAAUUGUAUCGAGGGCGACGUCACCGAGGUAAAGUGUACGGCUGGUCUGCACUUCGACGAGUACUCCGGCACUUGCGUGUGGCCUGAUGCUGCUGGUAGACAAGGCUGCGAUGUUCAGGAGAAGAAACUCAAGGAUGGUUUCGAAUGCCCUAAGAUAGCACCAGUGGAUCCCCAAGGUCAACCUAUCGCCCAUCCAAAGUUCCCUCAUCCCACUGACUGCCAACGCUUCUACGUGUGCCUAAACGGCGUCGAACCCAGAGAUCUAGGCUGUCAAGUUGGUGAAGUCUACAACGAGGAGACACAGAAAUGUGACGCACCUGAGAACGUGCGCGGAUGCGAGGACUGGUACAAGGACGCGGAGGACGCUGCGCCGGCGCCUAAGGCGAGGGCUUAAGCUAGUGAUACUAUAUAGUUACGCCUAAGACUUGAUUAGUGAAUAAAUAAUAAGUUAAAUAUUACAC